GUCAGUGCUGGUCAGAGCUGAGUGCACUACAGCAACUGGCCUAAAACUCUGAAAAAAAACAGCUUUAAAUCAGCUAGAAGGCGCUUAACACCCCUCAACAGCUCACCUCAGUUCACUAAUCAGAGCUGUAAGGAGCUGAUUUGCCUUUCAGAGAGGUGAAGAAGAGAGAUUAGAGAAUCAGAGGAGGGCGUGACAGGGAGCCAGCCGAUCAGGCAAGCUGCCUCUGCAGGGGGAGGAAGAGCAGGCUAUGCACCAGCCAAAGCCAGAGGUCAAGAAAAAAAGCGACAGAAUAGUGAAAAGGUAGACUCUGAGUUAGAGGGAGGUCAUUUGUGAUCUGAGCCAGAAAAACAGAAACCAGCCUCUCUUUGUUGUUGUGUGGGCCACCGUGCGGGGAGGAGGAUGUGAAGGAGAGCGGCAGGGAGGAAGGGAGGCGACUGCAAAGAAAGACAAGAAAAUGCUCUCAGAGAUGAUGAGCAGGAGGAGCUGCCAGCAGCAGCAGGAUGGAAAAGAGGCUCCACAGAGGGACGCUGCCAGCCGCAGGAAGCACUGCUGGUCCAAGAGCUGCAGGGGGCGCCCACAGGGGCGGAGGACAGGAGGGGGAGGGAGGCCAAGAGGGCGCAAUCACCACCAUCAACACCCUCAACGUCAUCAUUUCCAUCAUCCCCGACACCUCCAGAGGCCGGUGAUGUCGCUCCGACCCAUUAACGUUAAGGGAAACAGAGCGAGGGGGAUGAGGGCACCCAAGAACACCAACCAGUUUCUGAUGCACGAGAAGUACCAGAUGCUGCACAUGCGCUCCGACUCAGUGGGAAGCGACAGCGGCAGCAGCUCGGACAGUGACAUGGAGCUCACUGACAUGGACUCAUACCUGGGCGUCCUGGAGAAUGCCAGAGGAGCCCUCCUAGACAGUCCCAACCCACACGGCUCAACAACGCCACCAGGACAGAUCCUGCUACUGCAGGAGGACAGUCUACAUCUGCACAAAGACAGUCUGCGCCUGCACAAAGACAGUCUGCGUCUGCACAAAGACAGUCUGCGUCUGCAGGAGGACAGUCUGCGUCUGCAGGAGGACAGCAUGCAGUAUUUCCCCUCUGAAGACGACCUGAUGCAGAGCCAGAAUUUCAUGCAGAGAGACUUUGUUGAGUUCUGUGACAUCCUGACAUCCUGAAGGGAAACUUUCAGGGAGCCAUUUUGUUCCCAGCAUUGUGAGACUCAAACCUCAGACUUAACAGGUUUGUUUUGCUUCAUGUUCACAGAAAAUAAAAACAUCUCGCCCUUAUUUAAGUCAUUUAGCCUUAAAAGUUGAAGAAUCUGCUCACAGACUGAGAUAAUUCCAUUAGUUUCCAGCAGGAAUAAACUUUUUAAAAAUAUGUCUUUUAAAUCAAGUGUCAUUUUCUUAACAUUCCUGCAGUGAUCUGCCUUACUGAGGUACUAGCACUGAUCUUUAGAAAACAACAAGCAAAACAGCACAGAGAGAAAGUGGAAUUAUCUCACCCUGUCAGCAUUUUUCUGGGUUUAAGAAUUAACUUUAACUAAAUGCAAGAUUAAAUGACUUUAUUAAGAUGGAUUUUUUUUACAGUUCAUGUUUGGUUCAUGUACAAUGUGUCCCGGUGCUGUAAAGUGCUGCCUUUCUGUUGUUGUUGUUGUUGCACACAAAGGGAGAUGGGCUCGGUGGUGGGAGUGAGCCCAAACAGCCAAUCAGAAUCGUGCUGACUGGAUUAGACUGCAGAGGAUUGGCUGAUGCAGACUGUCAUUAACAAAAAGGCCUUUUACUGUACAAAAUAAAAAGACAAAACAAACAAAUAAAUAUCUUAUUGAUGUAA